UCGAGCGUUCACCGCCAAUAAUCGAGCACCUGGGGGCAUUAUUCGUGGGAAAAAACCUCGGCGUCGUGCGUUGAGACCGUCGAGUCCAACAAAUAAUUAAUUAAUCCCUCGUAAAUUCACCCGUUUUUUUAUUUUCGAUACUUUUUCGGAGUUUCUGGGGGUUAAUUUGCUGUUGGAACGGUUGUUUGGGGCUCUAGGGGUUGGGACAAUGUGGGAGAGUUCUCAGGACGUCUAGAGGAACAAAAAAAACGUUGGGGUGAAUUUUUUUUCAGUCGAGAAAUGUCUGGUGAGGGUCAAGGGAACAGCAGUCCAAGUCUUCUGGGUAAUCUCAGGAAUUUCAGGUUUCAGAAGAAGAACGUCAAGAAAUUAAUCAUGUCUGAUGACGACAGCAAUCUGACGAGUCCUGAGCUUCUCCCGAGGAGGAAGUGUGUUAACAGGAUUGUGGACAGUGAUGAGGAGACCUCGGAGGGACCCCCGAAGAUCGUCGGGGGAGAGAGCGAUGCUGAGGAUGUGGAGAGGGAGAGGAAGAUGAAGUACCUGAGUGGAGAGUAUCCAGACAUUGAGUCUUCGAAAAUCCGAGAAGUUCUGACGGACUCCAAUUGGAACACAGAGGAAGCCCAAUCAGCCCUGAAAUCGUUGAAGAAGCGUCCCCUGAAGAAGUCCAAGAACUCGAGCAAGAAGAAACGUCGAAAAAGGGAGGACGACGAGGAGGAGACCAACAUUGACUCGGACGAGGCGACCUACACCACCAAAGUAUUCGACAGCGACGAGGACUCGGACGCAGAGAUCUCCAACGACUUGACUGGCGACAAAAAAGCCGUUCUGGGCUUCAUGCAGACUGGGAGGAUGGCGGAGCUGCUGCUGAUGCCCCACUGCUCCCAGAAGAAGGCACAAGCCAUCAUCGACGCCAGACCCUUCGAGAACUGGAGGGAUCUCGUCGAGAAAUUCCAGACGAGCAAGUACCUGGACACUGAACUCCUGAACUCGGCGCAGAGUCUUCUGGCCACUAGGAGUGUCGUGGAGGCCCUGAUGAAGAAGUGCCUCCGUCUGUCUGCGAACAUGGAGAAGGCAGUAUCGGCCGGCUCCCACAUGAUACCCACCCAGCCCUCGAGCCUCUCCCCCGAGCUGACCCUGGCCCCCUACCAGAUGGUGGGCCUCAACUGGCUGGCAGUAAUGCACUCCCAGAACGUCAACGGCAUCCUCGCCGACGAGAUGGGCCUCGGCAAGACCGUCCAGAUAAUCGCGUUCCUCACGUACCUCAAGGAGACCUCUCCCUCGCCCCCCGAUGGUCCCCACCUCAUCGUCGUCCCCAGCUCAACCAUGGAGAAUUGGUCCAACGAGCUCUCCCGCUGGUCGCCCUCCCUCAACGUUGUCCAGUACUACGGCUCCCAGGACGAGAGAAAAUGCAUGCGCAUGGGCUGGAGAAACGGCGACCUGGACGACGUCGACAUCCUCCUGACGACUUACAACCUCGUCUCGUCAACCCCAGAGGAGCGCCGACUCUUCCGGGUCCUUCCCAUCGAGUACGUCAUCUUCGAUGAGGCGCACAUGCUGAAGAACAUGUCGACAAUUCGUUACGAAAAUCUCGUGAGGAUCAAUGCCAAGCACCGGGUGCUCCUCACAGGGACUCCCCUCCAGAACAAUCUCCUGGAGCUCAUAUCCCUCCUCAUCUUCGUGAUGCCCUCGAUAUUUGCGGGCAAGCAGAACGACCUGAAGAGCCUCUUCGCGAAGAAUCCGAAGCUCCAGAGUGAGAGGGACAGCGAGGAGCUGCCACUCUUCGAGCAGGAGCAGGUGAAAAAUGCGAAGCAGAUCAUGAGACCCUUCGUCCUGAGGAGGCUGAAGUCAGAGGUCCUGAGGGAUCUGCCGACCAAGACUGAGGCAAUCGUCAGGUGCCCCAUGAUCAAGAAGCAGAAGGAGCUUUAUCAGAAGUUUAUCAGGGAGUUCUCGGAGGAGGCCGGCAGCUCUGCCGAGGUCAAUGGGGUUGGGAUGAUGAUGCAGCUGAGGAAGCUCGCUAAUCAUCCGGUUUUGAUCAGGGAUUAUUAUGAUGAGGAUAAGGUGGAGGUGAUCUCCAAGAGGCUGGCCAAGGAUCCGACCUACAAGCAGACGAAUCCACAGUUUAUUUUUGAGGAUCUUGUUUGGAUGAGUGAUUACCAGAUUGCUGAGCUCACGAGGGUUCACAGGUGUCUUGGAGGGUUCGCCUUACCCCAGGAGAUCAUUCCAGAGUCUGGCAAACUGAAGAUGCUGGAUGAGCACCUGCCCAAGUUGAAGGCCGAAGGACACCGAGUUUUAAUCUUCAGCCAGUUUACAAUGGUGCUGGAUUACCUGGAGGAGUACCUGACGAUGAGGGGACAUGUGUUCUUGAGAUUGGAUGGGCAGACACCUGUGGUCGAGAGGCAGGAUCUCAUCGAUGAAUUCACGAAUGAUGAGGGGAUCUUUGUGUUUUUAUUGAGCACCAAGGCUGGAGGGCUGGGAAUCAAUCUGACUGCGGCCGAUACUGUGAUCAUUCAUGAUAUCGAUUUUAAUCCGUAUAAUGAUAAGCAGGCAGAGGACAGGUGUCAUCGAGUUGGGCAGACCAAACCAGUGAAUAUCAUUCGAUUAUUGUCAGAGGGCACGAUAGAGGAGGGAAUGUACGAAGUUGCUCAACAGAAGCUGCAUUUGGAGCAGCAAAUCACUGGGAAUGAAGAGAAUGAAAAUACGGAUAAGAAAAGUAUAUUAAAACUGCUCAAACAAACACUGGGGCUGGACCCACACAAUAAAUCAGUGUCUCUGUCACCAUCGAAGACACCAACAAAAUCACAAAAUGGAUUUGAUGGCGAAUUUUAGUAGACAAUUUAUUCCUAUUUUUUUAAUAUUCCUUUUUUUAGAUAAAAUUCAAGCAGCUCUCACUAUUUAUGUACUAAUUUAAUCAGCCGAUAAUUUAUGAUUCUGCAUAAUUCUUUCAAAAAAAUAUUGAAAGAUAAAAAAAUAACACGUAGAACAGAAAAUGGUGUCAACACUUUUGCAUUUUUCUAUGAUUUUCAGUUGAUAUUUUAGGUUCAUUUCUAUUGUAAAUUGACGUAUAUGGUGGAAGUGUAAACAGCAUUGUCAUGCAAAAUUGGAGAUUUUUUAGGAAUGCAAUAAACAUUAAAUCGCAGCAAUUUA